AUGUUGUUGCUAUCUUGUCAGGUCGAUCGGGAAGACGGAAGAAAAAUUGAUUUGCAGAUGGGGAGAGAUGUUGCAGGCUUGCACGUUGACAGGAAUACUAAAACUGUCAACAUGAAACACAAUGGAACCUUUCAUGGUACAGUUCAUGUUGCUCCCAAAAUCGCAUCGGAAAAAGUUGAAACAAAGGAUUAUGAGCUGGAGGAUCAUGCUGAAAAAAGCAUAGCUGCGGAUGAAAGUAAUCGGGAGCAAGAUGUGCUAGGAGUCAAAAGCACCAACCAUGAGCCUGAGCAGAGAAGUCUGAAGGCUGAGGUUCAGAAGUCGAGUGAUGAUAAAUUAAAUUCCUUGGUUAAGCCAGAGCCCGUGGCUGCUGUCAAUCAGUCAAUCAACAAGGAUUCCUCUGAGCUGCUUACAUCAAGUGUUGAGGAUGAGAAACUAACAUCAUAUGAAAGCCAUGCUAAUGCGACUAAAACCGUUGAUUCUGGAGAAAGAAGUUCACCAAAAUCAAAUGAUGCAAGUUACCAAGCUAAUGGGACUAAAACCAUUGAUUCUGGUGAAAAAAUUUCACCAAAAUCAAAUGAUGCAAGUUAUUCCAGGACCGUUGGAAAAUCACAGACAAAAUCUCAUUCGGAAUCAAGGAACCUGCUGCAACCUAAUGAAAACAAAUAUCAGUAUGAAGAUGAUAAUUGGUCCUUGGCUUCCUCAUAUCCUGCUGAAUUCAGAAUCUUGUUUUUGUUCUUAUCAACAUCCGUACGGACAGUUAAAUCUAGAGUUACCGUUCCAGUGGCUCCAUCAUUUAGAUGCAUGGAUCGUGCAGAGAGACGCAAGGAGUUUUACACGAAGUUGGAGGAAAAACAAAAAGCUUUGGAGCAAGAGAAACUUGAAUAUGCAGCUAGAACCAAGGAAGAAGAAGCUGCUGCUAUAAAGCAGCUCAGAAAGAGCAUGACGUAUAAAGCAAAUCCAGUUCCAAGUUUUUACCGUGAAGGGCCUCCUCCUGUGAAGGUUGAAUUUAAAAAGCUGCCAGUGACUCGUGCAAAGUCACCAAAUCUAUCACGGAGAAAGAGCAGUGGUGAUGUAGUCAAAUCAACACCAGAGGAAAAGGGAAUUUGUGCUCGAGUACCGCGUCACAGCAUAGGUGUUUUCAAAGAAGGCAAUAACACUCCUAUCACUACCAAAACUUGCAGCGGCAUACGCAGUGUUAAUGGAACUAGACAAGUUACCAAUCGUCCCCGCCAGUCUAAAAAACCAACAGAGAUGUCUUGUGUGGUAUCAGAACAGAAAACUGCAGAUCUUGCUGUUGAGUCGUGA